AUGCAAAAUCCAAGUGAUAUCUAUUCGUAUUAUCCUCCAAGUCUCUAUCAACCAUUUGGUACAUUUGAUGAACAUAAUCAAUGGACAUCAACUGAUACAUCUACUGGUAUUCCACCACCACCACCUGGUCCAUUAUCAUAUCAUCCUUCAAUGUAUACCCCAUCUGGACUUGAUAUUCCACGUAGUCCAUUUGAUUAUUCAGCACCUCAUGCAUAUCCUCAUUAUCAUCCUGCUUUUACACCGUCAACAUUUCCAGGUGCACCAUCGACAGGUACAUCUGCUUUUGACAUGUCAUGGAAUUCUCAUAAUUUACCAAUGCAAGUUGGAGUUCAACAACAAAUGCCACCUAUUGGUGGUGGUGGUCCUAUAUCAAAUAAAAAACCAUCAGUUUACGAUGAGUAUCCAUCAACUAGUGGUGGUGUUGGUGAUAUGCUUGCUCAACAUAUGAAUUCAAUUGAUCUUAGUAAUAAUAAUAAUAAUCUACAAAAUUAUGACAAUGGUAAAAAUGAUCAUACACAGAAUAAUGUUAGUGUAUUAUCAUUGAAAGAACAGCAAAAUUAUCAAUCAAAUAGUAGUAAUCAUUCAUUCGCACGUCCAUCUCAAACAUCAUCAUCUGGUCCAAAAUCUUAUGCGUCCGUUGUUUCAUCUGAUACAAUAAAUUCAACUAGUAAUAAACCAACUUCAUCUAUUUCGGAUUUAGCUAUUUAUUCAACAAAUGAACGUACAUCAAAUAUUUCUAAUGACACUUUAAAUACACGUUCGAAUACUCAACAAUUACGUAAUAAUACAGCAGGAUAUAAUCCUCGUAAUCAACAACAACAGCAACAAUCAUCUGGUAGUGGAGAUUUUCUUAAUUGGACAAAUAAUAAUUCUGAUCGCUCAUCUCAUAAUAAUAAUACUAAAAGACAAAAUUAUCCAUCAUCUCGUACAAAAAAUGGCAAUCAAGAAAGUCUUGAAACAAAUAAACAUAAUCAUCAAUACAAUCCAAAAGAUUUUAAUUUAAAUCCAAAAGGCGCUCGAUUUUUUGUUAUUAAAUCUUAUUCUGAAGAUGAUGUACAUCGUUCAAUAAAAUAUAAUAUUUGGUGUUCAACUGAACAUGGAAAUAAACGUUUAGAUAAUGCAUUUCGUGAACGUGAAGGCAAAGGUCCAGUUUAUUUAUUUUUUUCUGUUAAUGCAUCUGGACAUUUUUGUGGUAUGGCUGAAAUGAUGUCACCUGUCGAUUAUGAACAUCAAACAGAUGUUUGGCAUAUGUCAAAUAAAUGGCAAGGUAAAUUUGAAGUUAAAUGGAUUUAUGUUAAAGAUGUACCAAAUCAACAAUUUCGUAAUAUACGUUUGGAAAAUAAUGAAAAUAAACCGGUGACUAAUUCUCGAGAUACACAAGAAAUACCAUAUGAAAAAGGCAAAUUGAUGUUAAAAACAUUACAUAUGUAUCGUCAUAAAACAUCAAUAUUCGAUGACUUUCAAUAUUAUGAAUCAAAACAAGCUGAAGAAACAACACAACAAUUUUCAAAUAAUGAUUUUAAUCAUAAUAAACGACAAUUAUCAUCUAAUAGAACAUCAACAACAGUUCAAUUUGAACAGCAACAAAAUGAACAUGAUCAUGAAAACUAA